ACCACCGUCUUCCGUUCAUUCGGAGUCGAACUCUUGAGCAGAUAAGAACAAAACCGGAAAAUAGAAGUGGUGAAGACUAAGAAAAUUAGAAAAUCAACAGCAAAACAAAACCAAGUGGUCGAAAGUGAAUUACAUGCAUUCAUAGAUAAAUACUCUAUAUAUAAACUAUACAAUUGCAAGAACAAUAAAAGUCAUUGUGCAGCAAAGCAAAUAAAGUGUAAAAGUGCAACUGAUUUUCAAUUUAUGACCGUGGAAACCCGCUUCGUCGGAAUAAGAAUUUGAAACAAAAUAAACGAAGUGCAUCGCAGUCGUCACUGGAAAAGUGAAGCGAAACGAAGUCAUUGGAAGGUUCUAGAAUAAAAGUCACAAAACAACAAAAGCAAAUAUAACUAUCAACUUCGCUUUAGUGAAGUGCCUUUACAGUUUAAUCAAUACUAAUAACAUUUAAACCGUGAAUUGCAUAAAUCAAAUUAACAUCCGAAAUGGCUUUUAUGAUGCCUGUCAUGAAGAACAACUACGACAUCUACAAGGAUAGUCGUUCACGCAAAACAUCGGAGUGCUCGACCACCAGCUCGAAUGGUGGCGCACCCACAUUGUCUUCCGCCAUGGGUGUGCCGUCCAAUGGACGUGUACGCAAAGUGUCAGAAUGCAAGUCGGAGAGCUUUGCCACAUCACCUUCGCACACCUAUCGCAUGCAGAUGCAGCGUUGUCAGUCAUCGCGCGCCUUUCCCCGCAACGCAUCGCGUACCUCACACUCGUCAGCCGCUGGUGCACUGUCGCCAACCCGGUCCUUCAGCCAGGCCUCCAGUCCGCCCAAGACAAUGAACACAACGGAAAGCCAAAACGAUAUCACGAAAUUUCAUUUGCGCCUGGUCGACAAGCUACGUAAGUCCUUUCGCAAGGACAGCGCCAAGCGUUCAUGAGAACGGGAAAGCGUUCUCCACACAAGCAACAGUAGCGGCAGCUAUCC